CGACAGAGGGCAGAAAGACAGCUAUAUACCCGACAGAAUAGCAUCUACUGCACCACCACACGCCUGUAUAUCAACGCAUUGUUACUCGAACAGGGCAUUGAAGGAUACAGUAGCAUACAGCAGACAAUUUACUGCACAAAAAACACACCAGCACCCCCCUCACACGACACCCCCGGGCGCGAUGCCCUCAGCGACCAAGAUGGCGCCGAAGAUGACCAAGAACCAGAUGAGGAGGGCGAAGAAGAAGGAGCAGAAGAAGACGGAGGACACAGCAGUCAAGGUCGAGCCAACACCAGAACCAGAGGCAUCAUCCGCGCCACCAGUGAAGUCAGAAGAACAACCAACACCAGUCAAGGCAGACGACGAAGACAUCUCACAGAUUGAAAUCUCAGCACUCGACAUCUCCGAAGAUGACCCGAACUACGAGAUGUUCAAGGCUAUCAUCGACCGCUUCCAGGUGAACAAGGAGGGAGAGGACGCCGACGAGAAGGCCAAUGGAGACAAGGGCGAGAUCUUCUACUCUGACGACGAGGAUAUUCCAGACGAGGAGGAAGAGGCUGAGCCGAAAAUGUCAAAGAAGGCGCGCAAGGCGCAAAACAAGCUGUCCGUCGCAGAGCUGAAGGCGCUUGUCAACAAGCCUGAACUGGUCGACUGGACAGACACCUCAGCCCCAGACCCUCGACUACUCGUCCACAUCAAAUCAUACCGCAACGUUGUCCCAGUUCCCACACAUUGGUCGCUGAAGCGCGAGUACCUCUCCUCGAAGCGUGGUGUUGAGAAGCCGCCGUUCGCCCUCCCCAAAUUCAUCCAAGAGACGGGCAUUGCCGAGAUGCGCGACGCCGUUCUGGAGAAGGCAGCCGACGCCUCUCUCAAGUCUAAGCAGCGCGAGCGCGUCCAGCCGAAAAUGGGAAAGCUCGAUAUCGACUACCAAAAACUAUACGAGGCCUUCUUCCGCCACCAGACGAAGCCAGAAUUGACGCGGUACGGCGAGGUGUACUACGAGGGCAAGGAGUACGAGACGAACCUUAGGCAUCUGCGCCCUGGAGAGUUAUCGGAGGAGCUGAAAGAGGCACUCAAUAUCCCACCAGGAGCACCACCGCCAUGGCUCAUCAACCAACAGCGCUUCGGUCCUCCACCAUCCUACCCAUCCCUAAAAAUCCCCGGCUUGAACGCACCACCCCCACCCGGUGGAGCCUGGGGUUUCCAUCCCGGUGGAUACGGCAAGCCUCCCGUCGACGAGUUCAAUCGCCCCCUAUACGGCGGCGACAUCUUCGGCGUGCUCCAGCCGCAAGUCAACAACCAAGCCGGUGAACCCAUCGAGCGCACACUCUGGGGCGAACUCCAAGCACCAGAAGAAGAAGAGGAAGAGGAAGAGUCCGAAGAAGAAGAAGAAGAGGAGGAGGAAGAAGACACUACCGGCCUCGAAACCCCAGGCGGUCUCGUCACCCCCGGCGGCAUGGCCUCCGCCGUCCCCUCCGAGUACCCCAGCGAGAUCGACGCAGGCGGCGCCUUCGACCUGCGCAAAUCCCGCAAGGGCACCGAGACAGAGGAGUACACCGGCCCACGCACCGCAUACACCGUCAUCCCCGAGCGCGCCAUCCGCGCCGAGGGUUUCUUCGGCGGCGAGCGCGCCUACGACGUCUCCUCAAUCAAUCGCCCGCCUCCUAACGUGCCUGUCCUCGGAGAAGAAGACCAGCGCAAGCGCAAGAAGCCGGGAGAUGUGGAGAUGGCUAUUGAUCCUGAGGCGCUGGAGGCGGGGCCGGACGAGCUGCGGAGGAGGUAUGAGAGUGCGAGGCGCGAGCAGGAUGUCGCGGGCGUGCAAGGGAGUGGGAAGUGGGGGACUGAGGAGGAUUUGAGUGAGAUGAUUGAGAAGGAGAGUCGGAAGAGGCAGAAGAGGGAUGAGGAGAGGAGGAGCGCGAGGUAGUUGGGACAGGGUGUUGGGAUAGUGUACCAUUAUGGUUGGAGAUAUUUAAUAGCAUCAAUGGAUGGGGCGUGGAUCGUCCGCCGAAUCUCGCAGUUUUUGUCUACUCUGUGCGAAUUUACAACGCUGCUGAAGGGUGUCCUAAUGGUAUGCCCCUUACUGGCCCAAAUCAGUCCACACAGCAAACUCACCCUCUCUCAUUUUGAGAAUUGAUACUCGUUACAUUUUGCAAGAGACAACAAACAAGAGCCAUAUAUUAACAUUUAACAGGGUCACUAACCCGCACAAAAUAUAAAAAGCCACUUCAAAGGGUCCAUCCCACCUCGCGUCGCCAAAACUACGUAAAACCGACGCCAUCACCACCCCUUCCCCCCCAACAUCACGCCACCUCCCAAUCCCCCUAAAUCCCCCAAAAUCUCCCCUCCUCAUCUAACAUCCU